AUGUCUGCUUCUGCCAAUAAGAAAUCUGGUGCAGGGUCUCGCAGAUUCAACCCUCUGAAGGCCCUGCAGCCUAAGUGGCGCUUGCAGCAAAUACUGUCCUCCCCAUCCACGCCCCCACCUUUUGACUAUUGCAGGUUUAUAGAGCUAGACUACAUCCCAAUGGAGGCAGGCAUUAUGGUUUCAAUGAGGCAAAGUCGAGGAUUUCUGACACCCAAGUCCCCGGAGCACCACUGUCGACGAUCUCCUGCACCUGUCAGUAAUCGGGAUCCUUAUGGCAAUGCCUCUCUCAGCAGCGGUAGCAACUCUGGGUCAUGCAAGGGCAGCGAUGGAAGCCCUACCCCCAGGCGCCCCACAAAAUACACCUCCUGCACGGAUAACCACGGAAUUAAGCCUCCUCCCCCAGAACAGUACCUGACACCCUUACAGCAAAAGGAGGUGUGUAUCAGACACCUCCGAGCACGGCUUAAGGAGACCAUCGAGAGGCUACAGGAUAGGGAUUCUGAGAUUGAUGAAUUGCGGACUCAGCUGACUCGAAUGCAGGAGGAUUGGAUUGAGGAGGAGUGCCACCGUGUGGAGGCAGAGCUAGCUUUGAAGGAGGCCCGCAGGGAGAUCCAGCAACUGAAGCAGGUCGUAGAUGUGGUGCAUUCCAGCCUCGGUGAGACCGACACAGGUGUGCAGAAGUGUUUCCAGGAUAUCAGUGUUCAGAAUCACAAACUGGAGACACUGCUACACAACAUGGAGUUGGCUCAGAACCGUACCCCAAGGGAGGGAGAGGUAACAGGAGGCAGGGUGGGGGGUGGGUCUGGGGGCAGGGCAGGGGUGGUGGAGGCAGAGCUGGAGGUCAGCCAGGGGCUUUCGGGGUCCUGCGAUGGCUCCCCGGCCCGUUCGCUAACCCGCAGUUCUACCUACACCAAACUUAGUGACCAAGGGCCUGUGGAUCGUAAUGGGAAUGGGAAUCCUUCGGACUACCCCUGCCUCUCCGCAGAUGGAACGCAGGACAGCGGCUUUGUGUGUUGUGGAGAGAGCGCAGCUAGCCGGGCUGAUUUGCUGCUGGAGGCAGCCCUUCUUUCUGAGGAAACUGCCUCUCUGCUCAGCACCUACUCCCGCCUGCCGCACUCAUCCACAUAUGAGAAGCUAUGCACUGGAGACAGGGUGGUUCCUCUAAGAUGUGGAGCAAGCGGAGGCAGUAUCAGUCACCCCUGCCUGUCGCACCAUCAUCUAUAUCUGCACCACCUCCGUGAGCAGGCUAUCCAGACCGAUUACGCUCCUGCAUCUGCUCCCGUCCAUCCAACCACCACCUUCAACUCUGACCUGGACACCAUUGCUGAGCGCACGUUUCGCUCGCAAGCCUGUAGCCCCACAUCCACCUGGGUCUCAGAUGAAGGUGAGGACCUGGACUCUGUCACCACUGCAUCCGUCACUGCUGCUUCCAUCCUCACGACAUCUGCAACCACGGCACCCCUCAUAGCCGCGGCAGUUGGUACCGACUCCUCAGCAAUGCCUGCCGACCCGGUUGUCUCUGCUGCGACCUCUCUACCCACCGCAGUCAGCCCUAUGGCGACUAGUCCCGAACCUGUUGCAACUGCUGCUAACUCGGCUCCACCUACUGCCCCAUUACUGAGCCCUGUCUCCACUUCCUGCUCUGUUGAAGCAUCUUCACUCCUAGAGGAUAAAACACCUCUUCCACAUACCUCACAGCCCAAGAGGUCACCUUCAGCUGUAGAGCAGCCAGAAGUGACUGUGGUAGAAGUAGAGGAGGAAGAUAAAGCUGAAGAGGUAGAGGAGGAACUUGAAACUGCGUCCUCAAGCUGCGGGCCACCAGUAAAGAGCUACUGGAGUCGGCAUUUUCUGGUGGACCUGCUCGCUGUGGCAGUACCAGUGGUGCCUACAGUAGCGUGGCUGUGCCGCGGUCCAAGGCGUGACGGGCAGCCCAUUUACCAUAUCGGCUCCUUGCUACGAGGCUGCUGUACUGUGGCCCUGCACUCACUACGCCGGGGGGCAGGGCUUCGGCAUUACCCCGCAGGAGGUGGAGGUCCGGGAGGAACAUACAUAUGA